AUGAAAGGACUGAAUGAGUCUCUGGAUGGACGCAUAUCUGCUCUGGAAAAGUUUAAGGAGAUGGAAGCUUCAAAACCUGUGGAAGCGUUAUGGUUUCCUUUGUAUUCAGUUCUACAGCGUAGACAUUCUGCUGAUAUUGCUGAAUAUAAUAGAUGUACUAUCCAAAGUUUGGAGGAGUUCAUUCAAACAUCCACUGUUGGUGAAUUUAGAAAACGUCUUCAACUUCUUUUUGCUUUCCAUGGCCAAAUCAGCACUGGUAUAUACUGGGGGUCUUACUUAAGUACUUGCCAUACGGAAAGUGUGAGGAUUUUAUACAAUAUAUUUGGCUUCUAUGUGCAAUAUUUGCCAACAAUUUUGGAGCAUAUAGAAGAUAAGAGAAGAAGUAUCGAGAAGGAAUUGAAAGAACUUUUGAAGCUAUGCCGGUGGGAGCUACCUGAGAGUUAUGUUUCCAUAGAAAGUUCAAAAAGGACCAGGCAGAAACUUAGGAAGCUCAUACAAAAAUACACUGAUUUACUGGAACAACCCAUAAUGCUUAUUAUCAAUAAAGAUGCUCCACAAAAAGGGAUAAAAGCGCAAUCUGUGCCACAAGGUCCAAAACUUCACACUGAUUCUUUUGACAAGAAUAGGGUGAUGCUGAAUGUUGCAUGUGAUCAGAUUCUAUCCAGAGAUAAGGACAGGUCCACAUGGUUUAUAGAUUGGAGGAAGAAAGUAGAUUAUGCUUUGCAGAACUUGCACCUUGAGAGGACACCUGAGUCUACAUGCAUUGCAUACCAGGAAGAAAGCAAGCAAGUGUGGUGUACCAUUGAGAAUAUUAGCAGAACUGCAAUUGAUUGUUCUGACCUUUGGAAGGAAGAAAACAAGAGUUUGGGAAAGAGGAGGGCUUUGGCUGACCUUCUGAAGCUUUUAGAAAAUUGUGGCUUGUCUAAGCACAGGUCUACAAAUUUUGAGGAUCAAUUCGAAUCCAACCAAUCAAAUUGGUGGAUUCUUAAAUCUUCAUAUGAUAGGAAGCAUUUACUGAUGAAACAAGGUGGUCCGUCUUCCAAGGAUUUGUUUGCUGCUCUGUGCCAGCAGCAUCCGGGUUUGCCCCUUGAAAGUUUGGACAGGGAAUGGGAAACAGCAAACCAAUACUACUUUCAGAGCAUGGCAUCGGUUCACCUUCUGCAGCAGAUUUGCCUGAACUUCCAUAAAGACUUUACUCUUGAACAGGUUAACAGAUCAGGUUCUUUCCUUGACCAUCUUAUGGUAAUACAACAAGAGCAACGGGCUGCUGCAUACAGUUUUGCGGAGCAUCUUGGGUGCUUAAGGAAAUGUGUCUCACUUUUUGAAAAUUUAUUGUCCGGCUCCCUUGCUUCUGAUACUGUAAGUAGUAGCGAGUUCUCUUUUGCCCAGAACCAGCAUGCCACGUUUAAUUGCAUGUGGCAACAAAAGCAACUAUUAGAUAGUUUGUGUUCUACGUUGCUUGAAGAAUGUUUGCUGCUAAAAGCAGUUGAAAGUAAUCAUCUGAACAAUUGCCAAAGUGUCAAAGCUGCAGCAAAUAGGGUUCGCGUUUUCCUUGAGAAAUUUAUUCCCGACUUUCAGAAAUCUAAGGAUUUACUGGAUUGUUACCUCAUUGGCCUUGAUAGAGUUGUAACCUCACUGGCAAUAUCUUUGCAUCCUUGUGUUGUUUCGAAACAAAUGGAACAGUUAGUCUUUCAGAAUUUUCGUAUGAUAAAGGAGUUUGAGGAGAACCUUGGUGCUUUCCUACGGCAAGAUGAGGAUAGAAGAUCAGUUAAAAUGGUUCUGCUUGGCCGUUUUGAAGAUAUAUUGAAGAAGGUUAACUUGAUAGCAGAGGGUUAUAAUUGUGCUGUGCAAUCAAACAACGAGGAUGAAGUCACCAGUUUUCCCACAGAAAAAACUUUUGAACUUGAAACUGAGUUUAGUGAAGCCCUCAAAGAAACGUAUAAGCAUAUUGUGGAUGCAUUGCAUAAGAUAGUUUGUUGGAAUAGCAGUGACACUGCUGUCGAGUCACUUGGUAAUAUUACUAUGUGGAAGAUUCAAUUUGAAUCACAUGUAGCAGAUCUACAUUUAGACGUCAUAUGUGAUGCAGUAGUCCAGGCAAUUAUUUGUGCAGGGAAGAUCGUGAACCAUUGUGGUAAAGGAAACCCUCAUCUCUGUGUUCAAGUUGAAGCACAUUUAAAGCAUCUUUAUUCAUUGUUGGACUUAAUGUUGACCUUCAGCAAUAGUCUUCUGCAUGAUUUUCUAGUCGUUCAUAGAAUGGUAUCUGCAGUAACUCAUGUGCUUGCGAACAUUUUUGCUUCAUUAUAUUCCAAGGGAUUUGGGAUCUGUAAUGAAGAAGAGGAAUCUAAGGAUGAUAAAACUGAAGAUGCAAAAGGAACGGGUAUGGGUGAGGGUGCAGGGCUGAAUGAUGUUAGUGAUCAGAUAGAUGACGAAGAUCAGCUCCUUGGGACUUCUGAAAAGCCGAAUGAUGAACAAGAUGACUUAAAUGAAGUUCCAGGCAAAGAUGCUAAAGGUAUAGAGAUGGAACAGGAUUUUGCUGCUGAUACAUUCAGUGUUAGCGAGGAAUCUGGAGAUGAUAACAAUGAAGAUGAUGAGGAUGGGCAGCUGGAGUCUGCAAUGGGGGAAACUGGCGAUGAUGGUGAAAUCAUUGAUGAGAAACUUUGGGAUAAGGAUGAUGAAGAAAACCCUAAUAAUGCAAAAGAGAAAUAUGAAUCUGGUCCAUCAGUUAGAGACACAGAUUCUAGUGGUAGAGAGCUUAGAGCAAAGGAAGAUUCUGAUUCUGCCACUCCUGCUGAUGAAGCUGGAGAGCUUAAUCCCAAUGAACUCGACAAGCAAGAAGCUGAGAAUGAAAAUCAAGAUGAUCUUGACAAUUCUGAGAAUGUGGAAGAUAUGAACAUGGACAAAGAAGAAGCUUUUGCAGAUCAAAUGGGGUUGAAGGUUGAUGAGCCUAAUCAAGGAUCUGAAGAUAUGGAGAUGGAUGAACAGGAAGGCGCAGAUACCAUGGAAGAGUAUUAUAUUGAAGUGUUACGUUUAAAAAAAAUACACAAAGAUUUUUUUUUUUAGUGUUACAUUAAAGUGUUCCGUUUGAGUGCUAUAUGGGAGUGUUACAGUUUGAAAUUAUA